GUUAAGAAAUCCAGUUCUAGAGGGGUUUGGAAUUCUUCGCCACACUAAACCCAGAUUCCCGCUCUCUUUCUGCGCCAUAGCCAGUACAGGAAAAUGGAGGCCGUGGUGAUUGAUCCCGGUACAAAGCUGUUGAAGGCAGGGUUUGCCGUUCCAGAUCAAGCUCCUUCAAUGAUAAUUCCCACCCAAAUGAAACGCAUGCCUGAAGAUGGAUCUUUGGAUGAUGUCUCCCCAGGAGAGGAUGUUGUUAUUGACCCAAUGGUGCGAGGCUUUAUUAGCGAUUGGGAUGCAAUGGAAGAUCUGCUGAACCAUGUUCUUUAUACGGGUCUUGGAUGGGAAAUGGGUAAUGAGGGGCAAAUUUUGUUUACUGACCCACUUUCAACCCCAAAGUCUGUUCGAGAACAGCUUGUACAGUUGAUGUUUGAGACAUUUAAUGUCUCUGGUUUUUAUGCCUCCGAACAAGCAGUUUUGUCACUUUAUGCUGUAGGACGUAUUUCUGGCUGCACUGUUGAUGUCGGUCAUGGAAAGAUAGAUAUUGCACCAGUUAUUGAAGGUGCAGUCCAGCAUAUUGCUUCAAGAAGAUUUGAAGUAGGAGGUAUUGACUUGACAAAAUUGUUAUCUGAUGAGCUCGCGAAAUCAAACCCUUUCCUGAAGCUGAAUAUGUCUGACAUUGAGACACUUAAAGAACAAUACUCUUGUUGUGCCGACGAUGAUGUUACUUAUUCGAAAAUGCAGUGUGAGGAAGAACAACAUACUCUGCCUGAUGGACAGGUGAUCAAGAUAGGAAAGGAAAGAUAUACAGUGGGUGAAGCUCUUUUCCAGCCAUCUAUUAUGGGAUUAGAAGCACAUGGAAUAGUUGAGCAGCUUGUUCACACAAUCUCAGCUGUGUCUUCUGAAAAUCAUCGUCAGUUGCUGGAAAAUACUGUACUUUGUGGUGGUACUGCUUCUAUGACUGGCUUUGAGGAUAGAUUUCAGAAAGAAGCUAGCCUUAGCUCAUCAGCUAUUCGCCCAGCUCUAGUGAAGGCUCCAGAUUACAUGCCGGAGAACAUGACGCUGUACUCAGCCUGGGUUGGAGGUGCAAUACUUGCCAAAGUUGUGUUUCCCCAAAACCAACAUAUAACGAAGGCUGAAUAUGACGAAACUGGGCCUUCUAUCGUUCACCGUAAAUGCUUCUGAUUAUUGUCAUUCUACAUUCGUCAUUUCCCUUAGUUACACUCUAGAAUCAAAUCCUAUUUUGACCUAAGUAAGUUCAACAUGUAAUGAGGAUAUAGUUCAUUUUCCAUGAUGUAAGCUGCUCUAUGUUGGUUUGUGUUA